AUGCCUAAGGGUCGUCGUCUAUCUUCAACAGAACAAUACCAAAUUCUAUCGCUUCGUCAAGCAGGCCAUAGCAACAAGGCCAUCGCGGAACAACACGGCCGAUCCAGACGCUGCAUCGACGGUUUCGUGAAGAAUCCUGCGGCAUAUGGUCAAGCACACGGAGGAGGACGUCCACUCAAAUUGACACGAGCCGACCACGGACUGAUCGCUAGAUUGGCUUCCAAUUCAACCAUGAGUGCCAAUCAGAUCCGUGCACGACUUUCACUAAAUGUGUCGACUUCCACUGUAUUGCGAGCU